UUUAAAAAGAAAGCUUUUUUCUUUUUAAAUAUGGAAUUUAAAGACAAUCAAUGCAGUGGACACGUAAAACAAUUAAUACGUUACUUUACCUAUGCGGGUUCCGAAUCGGAAUUAAGCAUAAGAGGUACAUCUACAGAAGACGUCUCCACCUUGAGUGUUGCAAAUGGAGGAGAGGAUUUAGAAUCGUUUGCAGCGGCAUCAUUUUCAGGGGAUGGUGAUGAAUGCGUUAAAGAUCCAUGCGCUAUUUGUUUCUCAAAUCGUCGAAAACGUGGAGCAUAUGCUACACGUUUUUGCAGUGAAUGCGGACUUCUUGGACACUUCCUUUGUGGAGAAUGUUUAAGUUUUCAUAAAAAGUUAACUAAACACACAGAUGUCAGGUCACUUAGGGUUGCUGCUAAGUGUAAGGAGAGAGUAAAGGUUAAUAUCAUUGAAAAAGAACACGAAACUGGAAGAGAAAAGCAGGACGUGAAAGAAGUUAAAGAAAAGAGCACACAAACGGAAUAUAAUGAUAUUCAGACAGAACUUGAAAAUGAACGCAAGAUAGCCAGACAACAACUAACUGAAAAGAUUAAAAAGAUACAUCAUCUAGAAACCAGCCUUCUUCAAGCUAAUAUUCAGAUAAAAAAUUUGCAAUUCAAGCUACAGACAGAGAUAGAAGAAUGUCUCUCUGACAGGGAUAAAAAGGUACUCUGUCUACCAGAGACAAAAAGUACUCUGUCUGAUAGAGAUAAAAAGUACGUUGUCUGGUUCUCUGUCAGACAGAGACAGAAGAAUGUCUCUCUGGCAGGGAUAAAAAGUAUUCUGAGAUAG